AAGAAGAAAAAAAGCGAGAAAAAAACAAAAGGCGUGUCCGAGAUUUGGCGGACUGGAUUCUCUCUUUUUGGUUUCAUCUGACCUAAAAGUAAAACACAGUCCGUCCACAUGGACUUUUUUCACUAUUUCCUGCCCUAAAUUAAUUAAAUUUUCCCUGUCACUGCACGCAGUAGCUGCGUCUACGCGGUUACUCCUCCAUCCUUACAUUUAAUUUUCUCCAUUAAUGUUCCAUUCUCUACAAUUUGAAAUUUGAAAAUUGAAAUAGCUAUAUGUCAGUGUAGAUAUUACUCAUAUUUCAGAAGUGAAUUUACUUACUGAAAAAAACAAUGGGCGGCUAUCGAGCUGUUGCUGCCGCAGUCAGCGGCGAUUCUUCUAAAUCCUCGGCUGAAUCUAGCUUCCGAGAACUUGAUGAUGUCUUUUUGCAGACUCAAACAAGAAUAUGGCUUGGCGAAGUUCUGAAGAUGAGGUUUGAUGAGCACCUACAUAUUUCUGAUUUGCUUGCCGAUGGGGAUCUUCUGUUUGAAGUCUCCAAAGUAUUAUGGAAUAUGCUAUUGGCAAAGUGUGGCGAGCUAAGACAUUUGAAGUAUGAACCACUUAGUUCACGGAGAUGCAGUGGGAGAUAUAUGCCUUACUCUAAUGUUGACUCAUUCUUGAAGAUCUGCAAAAUACUGGGAUUAAAUGGUAUCGAUCUCUUCUCCCCAUCAGAUGUUGUUGAGAAAAAGAACAUUCGUAAAGUUUGUAUUUGCAUUAGGGCACUUUCAAAUAAGGCCCGUUCCAAACAAUUGAAGGUUCCUGACUUUGACUUGGUGACCUAUACGGUAGUCAUGCCAAAAGAUAUGGUAGGUGGCAUUCGAAGAAGCUUAGAGACAUCAAGCAGCCUUUCAAGUUCUUCUGGUUAUUACUCGUAUAAAGAACCAAGAUCAAAACAUAUGGAGAGAAAUAAAACCAGAGAAUCUGAAGGAAACUAUGAUUCCUUAUCUGAAGAGUCUGAUGAGGCUGAGAGCAAGUUUGUGGGAGAAGAGUCUUGUUGCUCAUUUAUGAAUCAGCUUGAAGAUGAUAACACCACAGAUUCAGAUGCAGACAAUUCUAUUGACGAACAUUCAGCUGUUAGAAAGAAUGGCAGAGAGAAAAUUGGUGUACUCUCAUGUUCUCAUGGCCACCAUGUUUAUAAAUGUGAUUUCUGCAAGUACGGAUCAAAAUUAUCUAAAACUCUUCCAUCUCAGUGUGCUAGGAAUGACCGUACAGAAGAUAGCUGUUCAUCAAUUUGCACCAAUUCUCAAUCAAGAUCACUAACUUCUCGAGGAAAUGGAGGGAAAUAUAGUACUGCCAAUGAUAGUAUACACUUUGAUUAUAGGGACCUUAAUGUGGUAAAUGACGAGUCAGUUGUUGGAGAUUCUAUGUUUGACAAUGAAGUGGAAAGUAGUUAUAUAUCUAACUACUUAGCAUUCUCAGAUUCAGUUAUUGGUGGCACUGAUGGAAGUACUCCUGUACCGCGGAAAGGUGAAGAUAAUAUUUUGAACCUUUUUAUGGAUAUUGAUUCUCAUGAACCAAAUUUAAGUGAAAGGACUUCCCAAAACGGACUUCAGAAUAAAUUUUCUGAUACUGAAGAUGCAGAAGUUUCAUCAACCACUAGCAUGAGCUCUGUAUUAUGUCGGGUGCGUGCUUUGGAUUUCGAUGAUCAAUUUGAUGCAGAUGAUUGUUUAACAGCAGAAACUCCUUGUGCCUUGCUGGAAAAUGAUGCUGAUAGGCAGUAUAAGUAUGCAUCUGCAGGUCAUAACGCAUUGAAUGUUGCAACCAACGAGCUCAUGUUUCAUGAUACUAAAGAACCUUCUAUAGUAAAACCUAAAAUUUCUGCUAGUCUCAGUGAACUGACAUAUUCCUGUCCAGAUGAAUUGCAGCCUCUUACUGAUAAAAUUGUCUCAUCGCACGGAAAUAGCUCAAAUUAUUUUGAUGAAGAACUGGAGGCUGCAAGAAGUAAAGAUAAGUUUGUUGAUACUGCAUGCAGAAAUAAUCUUAAGAAUGUGUCUUUAGUUAACACUAGUGAAGGAUGUGAUGGCGAUUCACAGUAUCUGAAAUUUGUUUCUGAUGAAGUCAGUAGUACAUGUGAACCAUCCAUGACUUUGGAUGGUGUUAACAUGGAUCAGAAUUCUGUUAUUUCUGCAAAUUGUUGUGAGCAUAUUGAAAAAGAGCAUUCCUGUCCCUGCUCCUCUGUCUACGAUUUAGGAGAUGCAAGUGAAGUAUGUGAACCAACAGUUCCAGGAGAUGAUGAUGAUACAAAACAUAAAGUUUCAUAUGUGUUGGAAGAAAAUGCUUCACAGAGGCGGCAAGAAACAGAUUCUGGUCAAUUAAAUGACAAACAUAGACAGAGGCCAUUACUGAAAACAGUUGCCAGAGGCACUGCACUUGUUGGUGUAUUGUGUCUGUUGCUGCAUUUCAGUCGUAGGAGAAACAAACAGGAAAGCAGUGAAGCCGGCAGUAGACCAACUCAAAGUAAGAAGUUCCGUGGCAGAGAUUUCUCAUAUGGGGAUGGACAAAAUGGACGUCGAGUAGAUAGAGUUUAUCCUUCUGAAAAACUCAAGUUCAAGAAUUAGAUUCUGGAUCUGUGAGACUUAGUAAGAAGCAUGGCUGGUUUUUCAUAUGUUCAGCCCAUUUCAUUUUAGUGUAGAAUAAGCAUGAGGUAUGGUCCAUACGCUAGUAGCUCGUUGAAUGGUAAAUUUUAGGUUUCCCUAUGCUGCUUAAAGAAGAAAAAAAAAAGUAAAUAGCUGCUUACUUCCAUGAGUUAAUGUAAUCUUGAAGGAGUUAAUGGCUACAAUCUCUGUAGUAGGCACAAAGCAAGUAAUGAUGGGAAACUAGCAUCUUGUACCCCGUAGAUUACUAUUUGUAUACUUCAUCUUUUUAUUUUUAUUUUUUGUGAUGUCAUCUGAGGAAUAUUUAUUUCUUUUAUUUCAUAUUUUAUCUUUUGAAUCAUUAAAGAAAAAGUUUCUAACAGGACACCUCAUGAAAAGGGAAAAAAGAAAAGAAAAGAAAAAGAUACUGCCCUUCUCCUAGAAAUAAGAUCAUAUUUCCUUAAGAUAUGCAUUUAUAUCAGAGCCAUCGUAAUCAGUUGAAUCAAUCAAAACACUAGGAUUGUUUCACGUUGUAUAUGUAUGAUCCCUUGGAGGCCGUUGGGGUUGAUUUGAGGAGGAUUCGAAUGAAGGUAGAGGCUGAAAAUUUGUAGAAGGCCUCGUCUGCCUGAGGAAUGCUGCAAACGCAAACACCGGAAAACUUGCAUGAAUCGCGAAGGCGGCCUGCAUUUCGCGAAAGCGAAAGAAGGUUGCCCAGAAAUUGUAGAACUCAAAUUGACUCCAAUUAUUACACAGGUAUUUCUGCACUACUGAAAAUUUCUGCAGUCGGUGAUUGAACUUAGAGUUGUGUUGCUGAAGUUUGAAAAAUUUGAAGCAAAAAGCUUUGCUAAAACUUAGUUGCAGCUAUCGUCUAAUUCCUGACACGAAUUUCCCAAGCUUUUAAAAUUAAUUGUGUUCAGCUGGUUCUAGUCGAACUGAUUGGUAUUUGCUGUAGUAAUUUUCUUUCUGGAGUUUGGAAAUUGAUUUGAAAAGUUCAGCUGGGGACUGUUUAAACUUUAAAGAUGGAUUAAGAUCAGAAAAACCAGCUGAACUUGGCGAGGUGCUGAAGAAGGGACUAUUCUGCAAAGACGAUAUUCAUUCUUAAGUUUCCAUUUCUUUUUUCAGUUUUCUUUAACAAAAGUUCAGUACAGUUUCAUUAUAUUCAUUCUUAAGUUUCCAUUUCUUUUUCAGUUUUCUUUAACAAAAGUUCAAUACAGUUUCAUUCUUUAAUUUUUUGCAGAAAUUUCAGAUUGCAAUUUUUUGGUCCAGAUUUUGCCCAGUUUAAUAUUUCAGAACCUGCUGUUUUUUCUUAGCUGAAAUCUGUUGAAUAACUUGAAAUCUGAGUUUUAAACUGAGUUCUUCUUUGUUAGCUGCUGUUAGAAUCGAAUUAGCUGUUAGAAGAUUCAAUUCUGGGUUUGAGGAUUUGUUCCAAAAUUCUGGUAUUCUGAGUACCCUAUUGAGUUUAUAUUUUGGAAACUUGAAUUUGAAGUUUGGAUUUGGAGCUUUAUUGAAAGGGUUUGUGAUUGAAUACGGUGUCUGCUGUGUAAUAUACUAGUAUUGUUUGGACGAGAAUCAGUUUUGAAGGUUUGAAACUGAUUACAGUGUAUUGAAACCAAAGUUCACCAAAGUGGGUGGAAAAUAUCAUCUGAAUUUCAAUUCCUCUUUACUAAAGUCUUUUUGGAAUGAAGGAUAUUUGUAGUCGUAAAAAAAGCAACUUGAUUUUUCUGGGAAUUGGGACAGUCUGGUGCGAAUUGAAUCAACUUGGGUUAAAUUUGAGCUGCAAAUCUGCAGCAAAACAGCAACUCAAGAAGCCAUCCGGAAAAGUUCAGAAUUCCAUCGACUUCCAUGCACAGCUGAUUUCAGCACUGAUUUAAGAAUUCUGCACAGUCCAGUUUCGCACAGUUAUUUCUGCACAGUUCAGUUUCUGCACUGUUCAAAUUUCUGCAGUUUGGUUCAGUUGGGGUGUCGCCAAACUAUUCUGGAAAUUGGUUUUGGCUGGAAGUUAUUGAAGUUAUUGGGUGAAUAACUCUUACUGUAUAAGUUUAUAUAUAUAUGUGCACACUGCUUGAGGACUGGUUCGAAUUCUGGAUCAGGAGAACUGGAAGGACUUUAUCUUCUGGUGUCAUUGGAAGUUUUGGAGCUGUUUUGAAGAAGGCUUUGGAGCAGAUUGUAACAGUUUCAGUUGGAACAAAAAAGUUUGACAUAGGCUUUUCAUUACUGUACAGUUUUAACAACCUGCGACUGUGAUUGUCUUAUUUUUUGCAUCAAUUCUGAAAUUGUACUUUUCAUUCCCUGAUGAAUGUAACAGAAGAAAUGUUCAGAGAA